CCCAAGACCAGAGCUGAGUUCUUAAAAUAUUCACGUGAGCUCACACUGGAUCCAAACACAGUAAACACAAGGCUGUUAUUAUCUGAGGGGAACAGAAAAGCAACAGUAAUGAAACACCAUCAGUCUUAUUCUUGUCACCCAGACAGAUUCACUUAUUGGUGGCAGGUUCUGAGUAGAGAGAGACUGACUGGACGUUGUUACUGGGAGGUGGAGUGCACAGAGGCAGGAGUUUUUAUAGCAGCCACAUACAAUAGUAUCAGCAGAAUAGGGAACUCAGAUGAAUGUGUAUUUGGACAGAAUGACAAGUCUUGGGCAUUAAGAUGUGAAAAGGACAAUUAUAGUUUUUAUUACAACAGUGUCCAAACUCCUGUCUCAGGUCCUCGGUCCUCCAGAGUUGGAGUGUACCUGGAUCACAGUGCAGGUAUUCUGUCCUUCUACAGCGUCUCUGAAACCAUGACUCUCCUCCACAGAGUCCAGAUCACGUUCACUCAGCCUCUCUAUGCUGGACUUUAUAUUUAUUCUGGAAUCACUGCUGAGUUGUGUGAAGUCAAAUAG